GCCGCAGCCCCCGGAGCCCGAGGAUUAUGAGCGAACCAUGAGGCGGCUGCGGCGCUGGGCGUUCGCGGCUCUGCUGCUGCCGCUGCUCCCCGCGCCCGGUCUCGGGGCCCAGGGUCCCAGAGGAGCUUUGCACUGGGGGGGUCCACCCCAGGUGGGGAGCCCCGAAGCCCCAGAGGUCACGGAGCCCAGCCGGCUGGUAGGGGAGAGCUCUGGGGGAGAGGUCCGGAAGCAGCAGCUGGACACCAGGGUCCGCCAGGAGCGGCCCGGAGGCCCGCCUGUGCACCUGGCCCAGGUGAGCUUCCUCAUCCCGGCCUUCAACUCCAACUUCACCCUGGACCUGGAGCUGAACCAUCACCUCCUCUCCUCGCACUAUGUGGAACGCCAUUUCAGCCGCGAGGGAACCACCCAGCACAGCACCGGGGCCGGCGACCACUGCUACUACCAGGGCAAGCUCCGGGGGAACCCACACUCCUUCGCGGCCCUGUCCACCUGCCAGGGGCUGCAUGGGGUCUUCUCUGAUGGGAACCUGACUUACAUCGUGGAGCCCCAAGAGAUGGCUGGGCCUUGGGGAGCCCCCCAAGGACCCCUUCCCCACCUCAUUUACCGGACCCCUCUCCUCCCAGCCCCCCUCGGAUGCAGGGAGCCAGGCUGCCUGUUUGCUGCCCCCGCCCGUUCUGCUCUUCCAAACCUGCCAAGGCUGAGAAGGAAAAGGCAGGUCCGCAGGGGCCACCCCACAGUGCACAGCGAGACCAAAUAUGUGGAGCUGAUUGUGGUCAAUGACCACCAGCUGUUUGAACAGAUGCGACAAUCUGUGGUCCUGACUAGUAACUUUGCUAAGUCUGUGGUGAACCUGGCGGAUGUGAUAUAUAAGGAGCAGCUCAACACCCGCAUUGUGCUGGUUGCCAUGGAAACAUGGGCAGAUGGGGAUAAGAUCCAGGUGCAGGAUGACCUCCUGGAGACCCUGUCCCGGCUCAUGGUGUACCGGCGGGAAGGUCUGCCUGAGCCCAGCGAUGCCACUCACCUCUUUUCGGGCAGAACUUUCCAGAGCACCAGCAGUGGGGCAGCCUAUGUGGGGGGCAUCUGCUCACUGUCCCGGGGUGGGGGUGUGAACGAGUACGGCAACAUGGGGGCCAUGGCAGUGACCCUGGCCCAGACGCUGGGGCAGAACCUGGGCAUGAUGUGGAAUAAGCACCGGAGCUCAGCAGGGGACUGCAAAUGUCCAGACAUCUGGCUGGGUUGCAUCAUGGAAGACACUGGGUUCUACCUGCCCCAAAAGUUCUCCCGCUGCAGCAUCGACGAGUACAACCAGUUUCUGCAGGAGGGCGGCGGGAGCUGCCUCUUCAACAAACCCCUCAAGCUCCUGGACCCUCCCGAGUGCGGGAAUGGCUUCGUGGAGGCCGGGGAGGAGUGCGACUGCGGCUCGGUGCAGGAGUGCAGCCGCGCGGGCGGCAACUGCUGCAAGAAAUGCACCCUGACCCACGACGCCAUGUGCAGCGACGGGCUCUGCUGUCGCCGCUGCAAGUAUGAACCGAGGGGUGUCUCUUGCCGCGAGGCCGUGAACGAGUGUGACAUCGCUGAGACCUGCACGGGGGACUCAAGCCAGUGUCCCCCUAACUUGCACAAGCUGGAUGGUUACUACUGUGAUCAUGAGCAGGGCCGCUGCUAUGGGGGUCGCUGCAAAACUCGGGACCGGCAGUGCCAGGCCCUCUGGGGCCACGUGGCUGCUGAUCGGUUUUGCUACGAGAAACUGAACGUGGAGGGGACAGAGCGUGGGAACUGUGGACGCAAGGGGUCAGGCUGGGUCCAGUGCAACAAGCAGGAUGUGCUCUGUGGCUUUCUCCUCUGUGUCAACAUUUCUGGAGCUCCUCGGCUGGGAGACCUGGGGGGAGACAUCAGCAGCGUCACGUUCCACCAUCAGGGCAAGGAGCUGGACUGCAGGGGAGGCCACGUGCAGUUGGCUGAUGGCUCUGACCUGAGCUACGUGGAGGAUGGUACAGCCUGUGGGCCCAAUAUGCUGUGCCUGGACCAUCGCUGCCUGCCAGCCUCGGCCUUCAACUUCAGCACCUGCCCGGGCAGUGGGGAGCGCCGAAUUUGCUCCCACCACGGGGUCUGUAGCAACGAAGGGAAGUGCAUCUGUCAGCCCGACUGGACAGGCAAAGACUGCAGUAUCCAUAACCCCCUGCCCACGUCCCCACCCACCGGGGAGACGGAGAGAUAUAAAGGUCCCAGUGGCACCAACAUCAUCAUUGGCUCCAUCGCUGGGGCUGUCCUGGUCGCAGCCAUCGUCCUGGGCGGCACGGGCUGGGGAUUUAAAAACAUCCGCCGAGGAAGGUCUGGAGGGGCCUAAGAGCCAGCCCCCUCCUUCCGAGCCUGGCACCCAUCGUCCUGGUCCUGAACCACGAGGCUGCCCCCACCAGCCACAGAGGGAGGCGCCAUGCAAAUGUCUUCCAGGUCCAAACCCUUCACCUCCCAGCUCCACAGGGGCUGGGGGAGGAGGGGGCUGCGGCCCAGGCUGGAGCUCAUUUCCCUCACUGGGUCUCCCGUUCCGUUCCACCUCCUAUGGCUUUGGCCUCACACUCCACGUCUCCCCAUGUGAAUGUAGCUUCCAUCAUCACAGACUGGUGCGGCUCAGGGUGGGUGGGGGGCCCCCAGCGAGCGCGCCCUUCAAAACCAGGCCUCUGGGACCAGGGCCUUUUCUCUUCGGUACCUAGGGGGAAGGGACUGACAUCUUAUUUUCUUUUUUUUUUUUAACUUAAUCUUAACAGAUGAAUGUAACUUUGGGGGUGCUGAGGCCAGGGCAGUUGUAGGGUUGUCUUGACACUCACAGCAGGGCCUGGAGGCCUGGCCAGCCUUCAGCCCCUCCCGCCCUGCUCCCCCCAUCCCGCCCAGCCCCACAGAACUCUGCAAGAAGUACAGUGCUGAUUCAAACCAAAGCUGCCUGUCCCCUGCCCACAGCCUCCACUCUGGGUGUGGGGACCACAUGUCCCAGAUUGUCUUUAAUUCCAAAAUGACUGACCUUUCCCCUUACAUGGGGCAGAAGGGGGAGUAGAGAAUACAGUUCCUGAAAUAAAUUGUCACCUACCUGUCUCAGG